AUGGAUCGAAUUAUGCAAUCCUUACGGAGAAAAAGACAUAUAAAACAACUUCAAUUGGUAGUAACAAAUGUAGUUGUAGUUCUUAUGAUGUAUUGGAUUUGGUAUAUGACAAGUGUUGCUACAGUUAGGGGUGUUCAAUUGAUCCAAAGUAAAAAAGAUAGAAAAAUAUUGCGCUUAAAAAUUAUACAUCGCUUAAUACAAGAAAGUGAUGUGCAUUGCAAAAGUGAACUUCGGGUUAAUAGAAAAAUCUUUAAUAUUAUUUGUGAGAUGCUUAAGGAGAUUGGAGGCCUCACUCGGACAAAAAAUAUGUCUCUUGAUGAGAUAAAUUUUUUAGGAGCGUUGGAUGGUACCUACAUAAAUGUAACUGUACAUCCCCAAGAUCGUGUUAAAUAUCGGACAAGAAAAGGUACCAUUGCUAUGAAUGUGUUAGGUGUUUGUGCACCCAACAUGCAGUUUAUCUAUGUUCUUUUGGGUUGGGAAGGCUCUACUCACGAUGUCCGUGUCCUUCGCAAUGCUCUCACUAGGCCAAAUGGCUUUAUGGUUCCUAGAGGUAACUAUUAUUUGGUCGAUGGGGGGUAUACAAACUGUGAGGGUUUUCUUGCUCCUUAUAGAGGGCAACUAUAUCAACUUAAGGAAUGGACAGAUAAACAACUACUAACUGUAGAAGAGUAUUACAAUAUGAAGCAUGCUCGAGCAAGAAAUGUAAUUGAAAGAUGUUUUGGGUUACUUAAAGGGAGAUGGAGCAUACUUAGAAGCCCCUCCUUUUUCCCUAUUCGAACUCAAGGACGUAUUGUGAUGGCUUGUUGUUUACUUCAUAAUUUAAUAAGGAAAGUGAUGCUCACAGAUGAUGUAGAAGAAGAGAAUAUGAGUAAUGACGAUUCCGAUAACGAUUCCGAUGAUGAAGUUGAAUACAUUACUACAAUAGUUACUUCUGAUCGAUGGACUAAUUAUAGAAAUACGUUAGCUCAAGAUUUGUUUAAUUCUUGGAGGGCAAGAGUUAGACAAGUGACAAAAUAUAAAUAA